UUUCUGCACCAACCUUCAGAGGGAAAAGACAGAAGAAGAACGUGGGCCGUCAGAUAGCAUAAACAACUAGCGUAGCUUUGUGUGUUAUGAGGUCUGUGCUUGUACAGAAUUAGCGAGCCAGUAACAUAAAUUCAUCAAAGAGAAUUUCUUACCUACGAGCAUACUGCUGCGCAAUUUAGGUGUCACACCCUGAAGGCACAUUUCAUCUUGUACAGUAACACUGUAGCACCACUGGCAGCCUCGGGACCCGAGAAAAUAAUGUGCUGCAGCUGAAGAUGGGAGGUAGCGGCUCCAAAUCCAAAGGAUUUUGGCCUUUUUCUGGCUCAGGUAGUUCAGACGAUCCAACCAAAGAUGGAAAUGAGCAGUCACUGGCGAGAGUCCGAAGUUUCCCGGGUGCCACUCCUUUUGUCUUUACAAGAAGAAGCUCAUUGUUCUUUGAUGAAGACGGUGACUUGGCCCAUGAGUUCUACGAAGAGACGAUUGUGACAAGAAACGGCCGUAAAAAAGCGAAGCUGAAGAAGAUUCAGAAAAACCUCACACCUCAGGGAAUUAUAAAGCUGGACCAUCCGUGCAUCCAUGUAGAUUUCCCAGUUGUCAUCUGUGAAGCCUGACAAUGUCUGAGGAGCGUCUCGGACUAGCCACUGUGUCAACUCCGUCCUUCGGUUUCCACUGCAGAUGGAAGCCCAAACCACCUUUCAAAAUAACAUGAUCUCUUGAUAUAUUUGAUGCCCUUAUGUGGACAGGCUGAUGCAUUGUGUGCUGAGCCUCUGCAUGUGAUCUGUUUUUGGCUUGUGUGCAGUUAAGACACAGAAUAGGUCACCAGUGGGGAUCUAGAAUGGUGCCAAGCUGGGGAAAAUCAGUUUACAGAUCUUGGUUUGUGUGCAUGUAAGUGUGACUGUGUGCAGAUUUGGGAUGACACAUGACUGAGGCCUGAAUAUUUUGCAGUAGAUUGUCUUCUGGUUUGAUUCAUAAAACUCAAAGAGUUGAAGGAGAAUGUAAUGUUCUUCCUUCCAAAGGGGUCUGAGCAAGAGAUGAAAAGUUGCCAGUGCACAUUUAAGUUUUUUGACAUUAUGACUCGCUUCAUUAUGCAUGGAACAGGAUCUGCUUAUGGGACAGCCCAAUUAGUUGACAAUCAGUGGCUCACAAACCCUUAAUGUCACAGUUUAAUGUUGGAAGGACUGGCUUCAGUGACCUCAGAGCCACAGGAUGUGCACUGCGGCAGUGAGUCUAAUGACAGAUCCUGUUGUUUUCUUUGCUGGUUUGACAUACAAUGUUUAACUUUUAAUUUAUUAUAACUGUUUUUUAAUUACAAAAUAAAAUGCUGAAUUAAAUCACA